CUGCUCUAUUCCUUAAUUCAGGGUAAAUCAAGCCCAAUGUGGCUGGAAAACUCUUUUAGCAUAACCUGAAUCAAACAAACUGACUUCCAUCCUUAUAGAUCGGAGCUUUAGCCGAAAGCUACAAAAUCAUGGGAGAAGCAAAAUUCUUUAGAGUCCAAGAACCUUCUUACAGAUACGAAAUGAGAAGUUCAAGCCAUUUGAAACCUAAAACAACCGCUGGAAAGUACAUACAGGAUAUAGAAAUGGACAGACUUGCUCUUCCAAAGAACAUGGAUGAAAAGGCAGCUUCUCUAGUCUCGAAACGACUUAGUAUGAAUGUUGCAAACUCAGAUCAGGCUGAGGUUCAUCCAAUGAUUUCUCGUAAGCGUUCAUCCCUCAAUCCAAUUAUCACGAUCGACUUUGAAUCACUCAAAAGACGAGAUGAUGACAGUGACUCAAAUGAAGCUUUGACUCCAAUGACCAAGAUGUCAAAGAGGUUUUACAAAAACAAAAACAGGAUAAACCCUUUGACCACGACCAAGUCAGUCAGGACACUUAAGAAAAAGAUCUACAACCAAGAAAGCAAGAAAAAGAUUCGUAAAGACCUAGAGAAAUUUGAAGAAUACUGGAAGCAAUCAAAUCAAAACGGAUCGCCUGAAUCUUCUGUGAAGAAAUUAAGGAAAAGGAUGAUCCCAGCAAAGAAAAUCACUUUAAUAAAAUGCAAGCCAGUCAUGACCAAGAGAAGCCAAGACAGACUAGAGAGUUCUGAACAACAAACUAAGUUCAUCAAGAAAUUAAUAGGUGAAAUUCAGGAUAACUCAAAGAGUCCUGAAACAUCUUUGAAUAUUAAUAGUAAACCACAAAGAUGUACUCUCCCUGCGCAUGUAAAGACAAGAACUAUGAGUGUCCCUGAUCUAAAGGAGAACCAGGUAAAGAAGAUCAAGAACUGCUUGAAAUCAGGUACUCAGAUGCUCAAAGCCCCUCUCUACAUCAGAAGGGCAAAUCCAGCUAACAAUUCAAAACAGUUACAGAAAGGUUUAACAGUAGAAAAUCCUCAGAAGAAAUGGACCACUGUGUCAAUGGGAUCCUUUAGCAAAAUUCCUGAAGGCAGGAACAUCAAGGAACAAGUUUUAGCUAAAAAUUGUUCAGUUACACAACGAAACAGCGUUGAGAAACUGCCUAUGAAGCUUAAAACUGAAGGCAAUGAUGACCUUACCAGUGUUAUUAAUGGGUCAGAGACGAUGCUUAGUCAUGAGCUGGCAACUAGAAGCAACACUAAUCAUACCCAAUCUCGUACAAUGAGUCGGGUUAGUAAUAAAAAUAAAAUGUUUAAAAACAUCUCAGCUAACGUCGAGAAGAUCAAAUUCGAAUGAAUGCUCCAUCAUUUCGAAGCAAAACAGGAGAAGAAAGAAAUAUCAGCAGCCAGAUCAGCUCUUGAACUAGGCAAGGAUUGGAAAUAUGGAAAGGUUCCUCAGAAAUCCAAAAAAAAAUCCAAAAAGAAUGAAUUUAAAAUGAGAGACGAUGAGGAAAUUAUAUGGGAUCUAAUCGGCGAGCCAGACCCAUACGGAGCUGGAGAUGAGAAAAUGAAUAAUGCUUAUUUAAAGAACAGGAUCAUUACCAAGUACAAUAAAACCUUCAAGCUUACUCGUAAGAAGAGGAUGCAUCAGCAAUCUCUGAACAUCAAAUACUAACAUUGUUUUCAAAAUUCCAAUAAA